GAAAUAAAUGUGGAGGAUCUUGGCUUCGAUCAUCCGAUAUGUUCAGGCGUUCUCGAUAUAAAAUCGAUACCCUUUACAAAUAUACCCAGGCUCAAAGUUUGGAAAUCUCCAAAAUACGAAGCAUACAUAAAGAAAGCAAAGUUGAUAAAUGAAGGCUCAUACAUUUGUGAAGUGCUCACACCAUUGUUAAACAUAGUGUUGAACAAUUUACCAGGAAAUCCAAUAGCAUGGGAUAUAUAUUCAGCUAGUGCACGAAGGGCUGAUUAUAUGAUGGUGGCGCAGUUGGGAAAAAAUGCUAAACUUGAAAUUGUUUAUCUUGAAACCUGUAGACCUGAUUCCACUUAA